AAGGAGGGACGAGAGACUUCUUUUGAAGCUGGGUGAAGCUCAGAGGAAACUUCUACUGCAGCUUGGCUUCUCACUCACUCUCUUAUUUUGGAAUUUAUUCUGAUUUCUGCUUUACUUAGUACGAAAUGUUUGAUUGUUAACUUUAAACAUAAAUCAGCACUCGAAAAGUUCUUCAGAUUUCCUGAUCUUGGGUGGGAAGGAGAAUGAGGAUGAUGAGGCUAUCGAUCCUCCUCCUGUUGUUUGUGGUCAUUCACACACAGGUCCAGAUUUCAGCCAGCCAGACUCCCUGCACAAAACCAACUGAAUGCCCAAUCGACUUAUACUUUGUCAUCGACACAUCUGAGACAAUAGCUCUGCAGGAGAACCCACCUGGCAGCUUGGUAGAGAGCAUCAAACAGUUCACCGAAGCUUUUGCCAGCAAACUAGAAGAUGUUAGCUACAAAGGUUUAGUUCAGAUCAGCUGGUCUGUAGGAGGCCUUCACUUCUCCCAGCGGCAGGAGAUCAUCAGUGCAAUCACCAGUAAAGAUAGGUUUAUCGCUGAGCUCAGAAAAAUAAGAUACUUGGGCAAGGGCACGUACAUUGACUGUGCCAUCACCAACAUGACCCACCAACUGGUCCACUCACCAUCCAAACCCAAUGCCAAACGCUUUGCGGUGGUAAUCACCGAUGGUCAUGUGACAGGAAACCCAUGUGGUGGGAUCAAAGUGGCGGCGGAACGAGCACGUGAUGAGUUCAUUAAGAUCUUCUCUGUCGCAUCAUCCAGGAACCUAGAGGAGGCGGGACUUAGGGAGAUCGCUAACUCACCUGCUGGAGUUUAUCGUAAUCACUACAUGGCGGUUGAUCUCACGGGAGUGCGGCCACUAAUAGUGCAAUCAACAAUCGAUCGCAUUUAUGACAUAAUGCUUCAUCUGGCUUAUCAAGAGUGCUACUCUACGAAAUGUUUGGAGACUCCAGGACCUCCGGGUCCACUGGGACACAGGGGACAGAAAGGAGCUAAAGGAGAUAAUGGCGACCCUGGUCUUAAAGGUCAAAGAGGACGUCCUGGAGAUCCAGGUAUUGAGGGACCCAUUGGACAUCCUGGACCUAAAGGAGAGACUGGUCUUAAAGGUGAAAAGGGAGAAAUGGGAGCACAAGGGAAAAAGGGUGUUGCUGGAGCAUCGGGAAGAAAUGGAACAGAUGGGCAGAAGGGAAAAAUUGGCAGGAUAGGAGCUCCUGGCUGCAAAGGUGACCCCGGCGACAAGGGUCCUAACGGCUAUCCUGGAAGUGUUGGAGAACCUGGUCUUCAAGGGGUUCCGGGAGAAAAGGGCGAUCCAGGUCGUCCAGGAAGAUCAGGUCCACUUGGGAUAACUGGAGAUCCUGGACCCAAAGGAGAGAGAGGAAGUCCCGGAUCACCUGGAAUUCCUGGCCAGAAAGGAUCUGCUGGUACAGCUGGAGGACCUGGACCUAAAGGCGACCCUGGAAGACGAGGAGAUUUUGGGCCUAAAGGUAGCACUGGAAGCAAUGGGCUAAAAGGAGAAAAGGGUGAACCAGGUUCUGAGGGACCCAGGGGUCUUUCAGGCGAAGAUGGCAACAAAGGAUCCAAGGGUGAUAAUGGACUUCCAGGACCAAGAGGCCCACCUGGAGCUUCUGGAGAACCAGGCAGAAAUGGUUCCCAAGGUGACGCAGGUGAUUCUGGCCCUAGAGGUGAUCCUGGUCCUCUAGGACCAAAGGGUGAUUCUGGCAGACCUGGAUUCAGCUAUCCUGGACCAAGGGGACCUACGGGUGACAGGGGUGAUAAAGGUGCACUUGGUCCAAGGGGAAGUAGAGGAGACUGCGGACCAAAGGGUGACCCAGGUCUAAAGGGAACUCCUGGAGAGGAGGGAGAGCCCGGGCCUUCAGGAGAACCUGGACAAAGGGGGCCUAUAGGAGACCCAGGAAGAAAUGGUGACCCUGGACCAGAGGGAGACCCUGGCCUUACUGAAUGUGAUGUCAUGAACUACAUCAGAGAGACGUGUGGAUGCUGUGACUGUGAAAAGAGAUGUGGUGCCCUGGAUAUUGUGUUUGUGAUUGACAGCUCUGAAAGUGUGGGGUUGACCAACUUCACCCUUGAGAAGAACUUUGUGAUCAACACCAUCAACAGACUGGGCUCAAUAGCAAAAGAUCCCAGUUCUGAAACAGGCACUCGAGUUGGCGUUGUCCAGUACAGUCACAAUGGAACAUUCCAGGCCAUUCGUCUCAACGACUCCAAGAUCGACUCAAUGUCUGCCUUCAAAGACGCAGUGAAGAAGCUUGAAUGGAUUGCUGGAGGAACGUGGACACCUUCUGCCCUGAAGUUCGCCUAUGAUAACCUGAUUCGUGAUAGCCGACGUGCGAAGGCUAAUGUGACAGUGGUUGUGAUCACAGACGGCCGGUACGACCCUCGGGAUGACGACAAACUGCUCAAUUACCUCUGCACAGACACCAGCAUUGACGUGAAUGCCAUCGGUAUUGGUGACAUGUUUGACCAGCCAGAGGAGAACGAAAGCCUCAAGUCCAUUGCUUGCAGAAAAGAUGGAAGAGUAAUGGGAAUGAGGCGUUUCGCUGAUCUGGUUGCAGAGGAUUUCAUCGAUAGGAUUGAGACUGUACUAUGCCCAGAUCCAGUGAUCGUUUGCCCUGAUCUUCCAUGUAAAAGUGAGCCAGCUGUAGCCGACUGCAUCCAGCGGCCUGUUGAUCUCAUCUUCAUGCUGGAUGGCUCAGAGCGCAUGGGUCAGGAGAAUUUCCGCUAUGCACGUGAGUUUGUGGAGAAAGUUGCUAAUCGCCUGAACCUCGCCCAGGGAGACAGCGAUGAACGCAGUGCCAGGGUGGCUCUUCUGCAGUAUGGUGAUGAAAACCAACAUCAGUUGGCCUUCAAACUCACCAGCAACUUCACUGUCAUCUCUGAUGGUGUGGCUAACUUGAGGUACCUGGAUUCUACUUCCAAUGUGGCAAGCGGUAUUAUCUACGCCGUCAACAAUAUUGUCACGAGCAGAGGCACAAGAUUGGCUAGACGAAAUGCCGAGCUGGCAUUCAUCUUCAUCACCGAUGGGGUCACCAGCAACAAGAACCUGGAGGAGGGCCUUAGCGCGAUGCGCAGAGUAGAGGGUGUUCCCACAGUGAUUGCCUUGGGCAGCGACCUUGGCAAGGAGACCCUAGCAAAGCUUUCAAUGGGAGAUGAGACAGCCAUUUUCAGGGGUCAGGAUUUUGAUAGUCUGAACAAACCCAGCUUUUUUGACCGAUUUAUUCGGUGGAUCUGUUGAGGGGUUGGUGGGUUUUUCAGUAACGGAAAGGAGGGGGGGGGGGUGAAUGGGUUCAGCACAGUGGUUAGAGUAGAACUGAUGCAUUUUUUAUUACACUAAAUCUAUGCAAUUUAUGCACUUAUAUUGUGGUAAAAAAAAGAUAAAAAAUUGUUUGUUAUACAGAGUUAGGAUUGCUUAGGAUAACCAUUGGAUUAAACUCAAUGAUUUCACCAGUGGAGAUGGGUUUUGGGUACAGGAAGACACUGCAGUAAACCAAGAGGCCAAGUUAUUAGUAACACUCCAAAGAAUAUGUACUGAAAGUGUUUUUUGACAAAGUUGCAACUGUAUUUUUUUCUGUAUUUUUUAUUCUGAAAGACAUCUAGCUGUUUUUUUUUUAAUUCAUAUACACAAGGUGCUAAACCAGAGUAAGACUGGAGCUUUUCCUGCAUAUCAUUAUCAGAUGCACAAUAGUAAAAAGUGCACUAAUUCAGGGGUACAAGAAUUUGAAAAAGCACACCGGCCACAUUAAUUCUGUAUUUUUUAAGAUAAAAUUGUCUAAAAACAUUGUUUCAUUUAAAUUACCAUUGACUUAAAAAGGGCCUGCAGUAGCUAAAGUAAAUCUAUGCCACCUCCCACAGCACAUUUACUCUUGAGCAAACACAUGCUUAGAAAUCCAGUGUUUCAGAUUUAACAUUUACUUACAGUGAAAUAUAGACCCUUCUUCACACCUACACUUUAAUGUACAGGACAAUUAUUAGUACCACAAUCAGUCUCUUAAUUUGAACAUUUGAAUAUUUGAUAUGCUGUUAGACACUUGAAUGAUGAUUUCCAUAGUUACUGUCAAAAUAAAUUUUAGUACAAUAAAACAAGCUGUGGUAACACAA